AUGGCGCAUAAUUUCUUCGCGGAGCAGCCGAUUGAAGGUGCGCGAGCCUAUUCUCUUCACAGUGUCCUACAUAACUGGAACGAUGAGGACUGCCAGACUAUUCUCUCCAGACUUGUGGCUACUAUGGCACCUGGAUAUAGCAAGAUUCUGAUCAAUGAAAUUGUUAUCCCUAAGACCGGAGCGCAUUGGGAGGCCACCGCUAUGGACAUCUUGAUAACAGUACAUCUUGCCGCAGGGGUGCGGACUGAACAGCAGUGGCACCAGCUUAUCGAGUCAGUGGGGCUCAAAGUUGCCAAAAAUUUGGCACAGGGUGGGCAGCGUUGCGAGCUUGAUUGA